ACGACGGUCAUAACAAUAUUCUUGCUCUGUUUGGUUCAUCGCUUCUCAUCUUGCUUCACAUAUUGUCUGUCUUUUUCUCUGCCCGCGAUCGCGCGGUGAAUUAUUCUUCACGAUGGCGACCAUGACCAUGACCAUGCCGCCACAACCCAAGCCCAAGAAGGGCGCAAAAUUGCUUCCGGAGAAUGAGAGGUAUAUGAUGGCCUGUUCUGACAUCGCAAAUGCCCUCAUUCAGGACUGGGAGAAUCAGAAGGACCCGACGAAACCCAAGAGAGAUAUCAACCUCAAUAAACUGCGGGGUCAAAUGUCAAAAAAGCACUCGUUGAGCAGCCAACCGCCACUGACAGCUAUCAUCGCCGCUGUUCCUGAGCACUACAAGAAGUAUAUUCUGCCCAAGUUGAUUGCAAAGCCUAUCCGAACAUCUUCUGGUAUUGCUGUCGUCGCUGUUAUGUGUAAACCCCACCGUUGCCCUCAUAUCGCCUAUACUGGAAACAUUUGCGUCUACUGCCCUGGUGGUCCCGACUCCGACUUUGAGUAUUCAACCCAAUCUUACACGGGAUACGAGCCGACUUCAAUGCGCGCGAUUCGAGCUCGUUAUGACCCGUUCGAACAGGCCAGAGGACGAGUGGACCAGAUCAAGUCUCUCGGUCACAGUGUGGACAAGGUGGAAUACAUUAUCAUGGGUGGAACUUUUAUGUCGCUCCCGGAGGACUACCGUGAAUCGUUCAUUUCACAACUGCACAAUGCGUUGAGUGGAUAUCAGACGGACAAUGUCGACGAGGCCGUUCAAGCCGGUGAAAUGAGUAAUGUGAAGUGUGUUGGUAUUACAAUCGAGACGAGACCUGACUACUGCUUGGAUACUCAUCUUAGCAGCAUGCUCCGGUAUGGAUGUACUCGACUUGAGGUUGGUGUUCAGAGUUUGUACGAGGAUGUCGCCAGAGACACGAAUCGAGGCCAUACUGUUGCUGCAGUGGCAGAGACAUUCAAACUCUCCAAGGAUGCCGGUUUCAAGGUUGUCAGCCACAUGAUGCCUGACCUGCCUAAUGUCGGCAUGGAGCGUGAUUUGUACCAAUUCCAGGAAUAUUUCGAGAACCCUAACUUCCGAACGGAUGGAUUGAAGAUCUACCCUACCCUGGUCAUCCGAGGCACAGGUCUCUACGAGCUCUGGAGAACGGGUCGCUACAAGAACUACACCCCGAAUGCGUUGAUCGACAUUGUCGCUCGUAUCCUUGCCCUGGUACCCCCAUGGACCCGUAUCUAUCGCGUCCAACGUGAUAUUCCAAUGCCCCUAGUCACCUCCGGUGUCGAGAAUGGUAAUCUCCGCGAGCUGGCUCUGGCGAGAAUGAAGGACUUUGGCACCUCGUGCCGGGACGUACGUACCCGUGAAGUCGGUAUCAACGAAGUCAAGAACAAAAUCCGACCAUCCCAGGUCGAGCUCGUCCGCCGUGACUACACCGCCAACGGUGGCUGGGAGACAUUCCUCGCCUACGAGGACCCUAAGCAGGACAUCCUCAUUGGUCUGCUCCGUCUGCGCAAAUGUAGCGCGACACACACUUUCCGCCCCGAAUUUACCGGCCAGCAGACAAGUAUUGUGCGAGAGCUGCAUGUGUAUGGUUCCGCGGUGCCCCUGCAUGGACGUGACGCUCGCAAGUUUCAGCACCGUGGCUUUGGAACUCUGCUAAUGGAGGAAGCCGAGCGCAUCGCCCGGGAGGAACACGGAAGCCGGAAGAUCAGUGUCAUUUCCGGUGUUGGUGUUCGCAGCUACUAUGCGCGCCUUGGCUAUUUCUUGGACGGUCCUUACAUGUCCAAGAUGCUGGACCCUGUCGAGGAUGAGGAAUAUUGAUUUAUAAUUCAAGACUCGGACGGUGCCCAUGGUCACUGUCCUACAAAAUAAAAAGGUUCCGGGUGAAUUGGGUUUGAUUGUCGGUAUUUGGUGUUUGAAAAAAAACGUUUCCUACGGGUGGUCAUGUCUGCAUUUAUGGA